AUGGCAGAACUAGAUAUUGAAGAAAAAGCAUAUGAUAUGUUCUUCAGCCCAGUUACUCCAUGGCCUUGUUUAUCAUUUGAUUUUAUUCAUUCCAAAUCAGAUCAUAAUCAUAACAUUUUAGAAAAACCUAGAAAUAGUAAUAAUGAAAAGAAAGGAAGCCAUAGAACAACUUUGACCUACCCUCUACAAAUUAAUUGCAUCGCAGGGACACAAGCUGCACAAGCAAACUUAAAUGAAAUUUAUGUUAUAAGAUGGGAUAACUUGAAUACACUGAAGGAAAAUAAUGGUUAUGCAACAGAUAGCUCCGUUGAAUCUGACUCAGAUGAGAAUGAGAAAGGGAGAGAUGCAGAAAAGUUGAGAAAAGAAUCCGCAAGUGGAAUGUCAGAUGCAGAAAAGUUGAGAAAAGAAUCCGCAAGUGGAAUGUCUGAUGCAGAAAAACAAAGAGAUCCUCCUCUAAUCCAAGUUGGCAAAAACAAAGAACGUGUGAUAUGUAAAGCCAUAAGACAUAAAUAUGGUGGUAUAAAUAGAAUAAAGACUUGCAAAAAAAUUAAUUCUCUCAUCGCUUCCUGGUGUGAUGAUAGUAAUGUUUACAUCUACGAAAUUUCAGAUGAAAUGAGAAAUCUGGAGGAACAACCUUACAAUGAAGAAGUAACCAAACCUCCUGUGCACAUAUUUCAGAAGCAUACAAAUGAAGGGUUCAGUCUGGACUGGAACCCUAUUCAUGCUGCAAAACUGUUAACGGGAGAUAAUGAUGGAAAUUUAUUUUUAUGGAUUCCAGACAACUGUGAGAAGUGGAUCUAUGAACACAUAAACUUCGAGGGGACACACGUCUCUAGCCACCACAACGAGGGCCCCAUAGGGAGUAGCAAGGACGGAAUCGAUAAUGAUAGAUGCAGGGACGGAAUCGAUAAUGAUAGAUGCAGGGACGGAAUCGAUAAUGAUAGAAGCAAGGACAGAAUAGAUAAUGAUAGAUGCAGGGAUGGAAUCGAUAAUGAUAGAUGCAGGGACGGAAUCGAUAAUGAUAAAUGCAGGGACGGAAUCGAUAAUGAUAGAUGCAGGGACGGAAUCGAUAAUGAUAAAUGCAGGGACGGAAUCGAUAAUGAUAGAUGCAGGGACGGAAUCGAAAAGGGCAGCAACAGCAGCAGCAGGGGCAAGAGCAAGGGCGACAAACGAGAGAAGGCAAAAAAAUACAGCAUCGAAGAUGUGCAAUGGAACAAGAAGGGGAAUGGGCUGGGAAACGUGUUCGCCAUGUGUUCAUCUGACAAGAGUGUUAGAAUCUUAGAUGUAAGGAAUCUAAAAAGUUAUGGCAACAAAAAGCACGUAAACAAUAACUCCUGUGAAAUCUACAUACCAGAUGCACAUGAAAGUGACGUUAAUGUCAUUGCGUGGAAUGAAAAUUUAGAGUUCCUACUAGCUUCAGGAGGCGAUGAUUCCAUAGUUAAAAUUUGGGACAUUAGAAAUUUUGCAAAUUCUGUAGCCCAGUUGAAAUUUCACAAACAACCGAUUUCUUCCGUUUCUUGGCAUUUCAAUGAUCCCUAUGUAUUACUAGCCAGUAGUGCUGAUAAUUCCAUUUCCAUUUGGGAUCUCUCAGUGGAAACAGAGUCGUUAGAACAUUCACUUUCCAAAUAUCCAGAUCAACUCCUAUUUGAACACUUAAACCAAAAUUUUAUCACAGAUGCCAAGUUCCACCCCCACUACCCAGGGGUUGUUGUUUCCACGUCAAGUGACAAUUUCAACAUUUUCAAGCCGUGCAACAUUUCAUGA